CCGCGUGUGGCGGAGCCCCCGCCAUCACCCUGCGCCAUCGGGGCCUGCUGGGGACCUCGCCGUGCGCGUGGGGAGGACGGAAAAUCAAGGCACGGCCACAUGGCUUGGUUGGGCUCGGGCCGGGCCGAGCCGAGCCCAGCUGAGCUGCUCGGCAGAGGCCGGCUCGCUCCAACCCUCAGCCUCUCCCUUGUUUUGACCGUGGAGUAGGAGCUCCGGUGCGCGCCCUGGGGCGCGUCCCCAGCACCCUUGCGGAGGGUGGGGGUGUCUCUCUGGCGGCUCUGACUGAGCAGGCUCGGGCGUCCAUGGGCGGUGGGAAGGGGCCCGGGAGCCGGAGGAUUUUGAUGUGCGGUAAAGGAGCCGGCGUGCGGGGAACGUGGGGCUGCGGGGGGGGAUUUCCCAUCGCGGGAUGCUGGGUGCGCCAGGAACGGGGCUCGCCCUCCGUGAGCCGGGGUUUCGGGAGAGCUCCGGAAGAUGGGAAGAGCGGCGUGCUCAGGCCUGGUGUUGUUUCCUGUGUGCUGCUCGCGGGGCCGGAUCCCGCAGGGGCAGUGGGGGGCGGCCACGUGGGGGAUGGCCGGGGACUUCCCGGGCUGGGUGUCCUGCCUUCCACCUGCUGGGGUGGCGGGAAGGGGAUGGGCUACGGAGGAAGUCGAAUUGGGCACCAGUCUUUUUACAGUGCAACGAAGGACUGGCAAGUUGCUACAAAUGGAAAGAGUUUCUUGGUGUUUAAUGAACAGAGAUUCGCAAAAGAGAUUCUUCCCAAGUACUUCAAGCAUAACAACAUGGCAAGCUUUGUCAGACAGUUGAACAUGUAUGGCUUCCGUAAAGUCGUCCAUGUUGAUUCUAGAUUUAUCAAACUGGAGCGAGACGGUCCAGUAGAGUUUCGGCAUGCAUAUUUUAGGCAGGGCCGGGAGGACUUGCUGAAACACAUUAAAAGGAAGGUUUCUUCUUCGAGACCUGAAGAAAACAAGAUAAGUCAAGAUGAUCUCUCUAAAAUAAUAUGUAGUGCUCAAAAGAUGCAAAUUAAGCAAACGGCUAUUGAAGCUCAGUUGUCUCUUUUGAAGAGGGAGAAUGAAUCCCUUUGGAGGGAAGUGUCAGAACUGAGAGCAAAACACUUGCAACAGCAGCAAGUUAUUCGAAAGAUUGUACAAUUCAUUGUUACCUUGGUGCAGAAUAACCAACUAGUGAGCCUAAAACGCAAGAGGCCUCUACUUCUGAACACUAAUGGACCUACAAAGUCGAAUGUAUUUCAGAAAAUUGUGAAAGAACCAGCUGACAGUAGCCACCAUGUACCUCUCAACAGAAAUGAGGGCUUAAAACAAAGGGAACAGAUUUCAGAUGACAUUGUUAUUUAUGAUGUCACUGAGGAUGUGGCUGAGGAAGAACAUCCCGUGGCUGAGGAAGAACAUCCCAUGGCUGAGGAAGAACAUCCCAUGGCGGAUGAAGAAAAUCUUCCUGUUACACCAGAAACAAGUGAAGAUAACACUUCAGAUUCUUCCAACUGUAGCUACCAUUCUCCUGAUAUUGUAAUUGUGGAAGAUGAUAACGAAGAUGAAUAUGCCCCUGUAAUUCAAGGGGAUAAAAACACUGAAUCAGUUGCUGUCCCAGGUAAUGAUCCAGCCAGCCAUGUCAGUGACAGCACAAGCCCACUCAUGUCAAGUGCUGUACAGCUGAAUAACCAGUCAGCUUUAACUGCAGAAGACCCAGUCUCUGUGAUGGAUUCCAUCCUCAAUGAAAAUGGAGUAAUUUCACAGAAUAUAAAUCUUCUUGGAAAAGUUGAACUUCUGGAUUAUCUGGACAGUAUCGACUGCAGUUUAGAGGACUUCCAGGCUAUGUUGUCAGGACGACAGUUCAGCAUAGAUCCAGAUCUCCUGGUUGAUCUUUUUACAAGUUCUGUGCAGAUGAAUCCCACAGAUCAUGAUCAUAUCACUAAUACCAAAGUGGAGACAAAGGGAAAAGAAACUAACAAGAAUAAUGCUGGUCCAGCAGCUUCACAGGAAAUGCAAGAGAAGCAGCUGAUACACUACACUGCGUUUCCACUCCUUGCAUUCCUUGAUGGAAACCCAGGCUCUGCUGUUGAGAGUGGUGCCUUCACAGCUGAAACUCCUUCCACUCUUGAAAAAUCCCUGGAAGGGGAUGAGCUCCUGGAGAGCAGCCUGGAUCCCCAGCUCACCCAGAGCAAACUGGUGCGUCUGGAGCCACUGACAGAGGCAGAGGCGAGUGAGGCCACCCUCUUCUACCUGUGCGAACUUGCCCCAGCACCUAUGGACACAGACAUGUCCUUCAUGGAUAACUGAUGUGAGGGAGGUUGUAUAUAUAGUCAUGAAGAUGAACUAUUUAUUUAGAAUAUUGUUUGGUAUGGGAGUUUUUUGUACAUCACUGUUUUAUGUAACCAGAUAUGUGGAAUCUGAAGUACCUUUCCUAUCUUACACAAGCAGUUGUUUAGCUAUGGAGGUAGACAAGCCACCAGGCACAGCUGGCACUGCUGAGCCAGGCUCCUGCUGCACUGCUGUGAAUUGCUCGUAACGCAAGUAAUCAACACUUGUCAAUAGCGAGCUUUGGUUUAUGGUUUCUUAUACUUCUUGUCUUACGUAUGAUGACAUAAACUAGUAGUGUAUGGUUAGGGAACACUGACUUCCUGUAUUUUGGGGGUUUUAUUUUUUACAUUUUGUUUAACACACAUGAGGCUUUUUGGGGUGGGGGGACCAGGACCUGAUGUAGGCUUUUUUUUUCCCUGCUUCAACUGGGAACAAAGUGCCUGUACCUUGCUAAAUCUUGGUUCUGCCUUACUUUCACUUCAGUGGAAGUGCUCACACAUAGCACAAACUGGGGAAAAGUGAUUGACAGCUGCCAGGCCCCACGACUGCAUGAGUACUUUUAACUUGGACCAUCUAUGCUGACAAAAUAAAUGUUACUUAAGUGUGA